AUGUCGUCCCCUCAGAGAUACCCAGGUUCGCCAGGAACUACAGCACCUCUGCGUCGUGGUCUCUUCAAAGAUGGUAUUUGGUGUUGUAACUGCCCAGAGCGGCCGGCUGCUGCCCGCCGUCAAACAAAGAAGCAGGGAGCUAACUUUGGGAAAUGGUUUUGGACUUGCGCGCAGCCUCCACAUCUCAAGUGCAGCUUCUUUCUGUGGGCAGAUGACGCUACAAUGCGUGAGCAAGCAGCCGUUCUUGCCAACUCUCGAUCUGAACUAGACCCUACCUCACUCACCCCAUCAAAAUACACACCAGGACACUGGGCGCAGAUUCAUCAAUCCCCCCAGCGCAACUUCAAGUCGCCCCCGAAGACAGCGAAGGCCAGAAUGAUCUCAGAAGCGUCAGACAAUCUUGGCUGGAAUGACGACUCGGAUGAAAAUGAUGAGCUGGUCAAGGCACUCUCUUCCAGCCAGACCGAGACCUUCAUCUCGCAACCCAACUUCCACCCCGAAUCCCCAUUCAAGAUCCCCCUCACCUCCACAGUGACCUCACCUGGCAAGCGAAAAUUGACAGAAGUCACAAAUGGGAACGCCCCAUACGACCAAUCUGCACCCGCGACGCCUUUUUCAUCCCGCUCCUCUCGCACCGAGAUGUUCCCUCCCUCGUCUGCAGAAUUAUGCAUGACACCCACGCCUAGCAAAUACAACGAUGUGCUUUCUGCAGACUCGAAGUUUGACACCUCGGAUAUUGCAAAGAGUCUACUCGAUAUUCUGGAAAAACAUAGUGUUGUUUUGCCAAACAAAGCGCAUGACGAGGUCGUUUCGCUGCUUGACCGGCAGGACUUGAAGACGCAGGGUAUUAUUCGUGGGCGGGAUAUGACGCGACUGGCAUUAAAGAAGAAGGAUGACGAUAUCAAGAAGCUGCAAGACCGUGUUUCCAACCUGGAAGCUCAGAGGGAACUGGAUCGUUCUCUUAUUGAGGGGAUGAAACCACAUUGA